AUGGGGACAUGGGCUGGAGAAGUGGCCCAAGCAGCUGGUAAGGGGCCCAAGGCCCGGAAGUCCCCCCUGGCCCAGCCGCCACCACCGCAGCCAACUGAGGAGGGGCAGGGGGAGAGGCUGGUGGAGCUGCACGCCUCCUUCAGGGAGCUGUUCACCUUCUUCUGCGCCAACGCCACCAUGCACGGCGCCAUCCGCCUCGUCUGCUCCAGCCAGAACCGCCUCAAGACAGCAUCCUGGGGGCUGCUGUUCCUGGGCGCCAUGGGCGUGCUCUACUGGCAAUUCGGGCUCCUCUUCGAGCAGUACUGGCGCUACCCCGUCAUCAUGACCGUGUCCAUGCACUCAGAGAGGAAGCUCUUCCCAUCCGUCACCCUGUGUGACAUGAACCCACACCGGCCCAGGCUGCUGGGCAGACACCUGCAGGCCUUGGACGAGUUUGCCCAGGAGAACAUCUACGCCCUCUACAAGUUCAACUUCAGGGAGAGUGGGGACACCCCCUCUGCCAAGGACCCGGGCCCAGAGCCCCCCUUCCAGCUGGACCGCAGAAUCCGUCUGCAGAGGCUGAGCGGCCCAGGCGGCCAGAACAAAGUGGGUUUCAGACUGUGCAACAGCACCGGCGGCGACUGCUUCUACCGCGCCUACUCGUCCGGGGUGACCGCCGUGCGGGCCUGGUACCGCUUCCACUACGUGAACAUCCUGGCCACGCUGCCCACGGGCCCCGAGGACGGCCACGGCGGCCACGGCGGCCACUUUGUCUUCUCCUGCCGCUACAAUGGCCAGGACUGCCAGGCCCGGCACUUCAAGACGUUCCACCACCCCACCUACGGCAGCUGCUACACCUUCGAUGGCAUGUGGGCCGCGCAGCGCCCAGGCAUCACCCACGGGAUCAGCCUGGUCCUCAGGGCGGAGCAGCAGGACCACCUCCCGCUGCUGUCCACCGAGGCGGGCAUCAAGGUCAUGGUGCACAAGCGCGACCACACGCCCUUCCUGGAGCACCGCGGCUUCAGCAUCCGCCCGGGCACCGAGACCACCAUCGGCAUCCGCGAGGACGAGGUGCACCGGCUGGGGAGCCCCUACGGCCGCUGCACGGACAGCGCGGAGGCCCUGAACCUCCCCGCCACCCCUGGGUCUCCCCUAAGGGGUUCACCUGUGACCCCCCGCCCCCCGCCGUCCCCAGGCCACUGCUUCUACCGCCUCUACAGAAAACUGGAGACCCACCGGCUCCCCUGCUUCGCGCGCUGCCCCAGGCCCUGCAGGGAGUCCUCCUACAAGCUGUUUGCUGGGGCCUCCAGGUGGCCUUCCUCCAAGGCAGAGGACUGGAUCCUGGCCGUGCUGGGCAAACAGAGCCUGCCCCCAAGGAGCCCCCCCCACACACACAGGCCCGGGGCCCAGCUCCUCUCAUGUCUGCCCCAUCCCAGGAGCAAUGUGGCCAAGGUGAACAUCUUCUACCAGGAGCUCAACUAUCGCACAGUGGACGAGACGCCUGUCUACUCGGUGCCGCAGCUGCUUUCAGCUAUGGGCAGCCUCUGGAGCCUGUGGUUCGGCUCAUCUGUUCUCUCUGUCCUGGAGCUGCUGGAGCUGCUGCUCGAUGCCAUGGCCCUCACCCUGCUGCUGGGCUGGCGCUGGCUCCGCCGCACGCAAGGGUCCCAACUGGGAGUGGCCCACACCGAGCCAGAGGCCAACCAGUUGCCCAGUGACUGCAGGCAUGACCUCAAACGCCCAGGGGCCCAGCCGGCGAUGCUUCCCGAGGCUCCGGCAGGAGUCUCAGCUGAAGAAUUAGGUCAAGUGUGGGUCCCCCAAGACCCCUGA